AUGACGACCACAAAUAAGGGGGCCGAUGCGCGAAAAAAUACAGACCUUGGAUUUUCGUCGUCAACCCACACGGAUGGCGCGGAUGCAAUAAGUUGGAAGAGGUUGUAUAUUCCGUAUUACUCCCCCGUUAGCUUCCCAUUGGACAACAGUAACAAGAGCACCGACGCGCUGAAGGAUAAAGGCAAUAACACCUAUCUUUAUGAAUUAUCUGAAAAUUUUCACUAUGACUACUCCAACUCUAAAGUACGCUUUUACGAUAAAUGUCGAGCUCGCCCCAGCAAUCGACCUUGGAGCAACAUUCAGCGGCGACAGAAGAUUAUUGCAAUUACUGGAGGGUCCAUUGAUGGACCGCGUCUGACAGGAAAAGUUUUGUCUGGUGGCGGAGACUGGAACGCUGUGCGACCCGACGGAGUCGUGCAUGUCUUCGCCAAAUAUUCCAUCCAAGCAAGCGAUGGUACACCUAUAUCUAUCACGAAUGAAGGGCUUAAUUGGGCAAAUCAAUCAAGUAAAUAG